CUUUUGUGCUCCUGAGAUGCUGCUUGGCCUGCUGUGCUCAUCCAGCCUCACAUUUUAUUAUUUUAGGAGAGAGAGCUGUUUUGGUUUGUGAUACAAGAGACGAGGCUGUCUGUGCCUUUCACCCAUCGGUAGCUCUCCUCCUGUCCCUGCCUCUAUGCACACACUCUGCCAGGCAUAGUCUUCCUCCCUCUGUGUGUGUGUGUGUGUGUGUCUCUCUCUCGCUUCAGCUCCUAAAACCUAAGAUGCAUCGGAUAUAAAAACACGCACAUAAACACACACACACACACACAUCAACAAGCCAUGGAGAAAGAUCAGGAAUUACUGCAAGCUGUCAAAACCGAAGAUGUAGCUGCAGUGCAGAAGCUGUUGCAAAGGCCGAAACAAGGCAAAGCGAACAAGAGCUCCUCGAGUCCCAUUUUCACAUUGAGGAUAUCCUUCCAUUCUAAGGUCAUAGGUGGGAUGUUUGCUGAUGAUUACGCACUGUUGAGCAGCAUUUGUAAUGCUCCAGAUACUGAAAUGCCCAUUUGCAGCAAGACCUGGACAAGGUCCACACUCGACAAGAAAAAGGGGAAGAAAACAGAUGAAUGCUUGGCUCACGUGUUUGUGUUCGGGGAAGGAUUUAGACUCCCGGAUCUGAAGGGAAAUGCGCGGGGAUGGUGUAUCCUCGACAAGUGGGCUGGUCUGCAGCUGAACCGGAAAGGAGCCAAAAUCUUUGCACAAGGGUUUGCUAAUGUUGUGAGGAAUUUCAGCUAUGGACCUCCAAGCAGUGGGCAAUUGCAGUUUCCACUUGGAAGAAAGAUUCACAUCAAAUUGACUGGUCAAGGAAAUGGGACACUGACUGGUGGAGUUAGUGGAACCGAAAAAGAUGUCUCCCUCACAGCGUUUGUGACAAAAGAAUUGCAUCGUUCCUUGGCGGCCUUUCAACAGAAGAAUAUUCAGAGAUUUCCCGAGUGGACACAAUCAUCGCCUUGGAAGCUUCAUCACGAUACUACUUUGCAUUUCUGAAGAGGGAAGAAGAAAUCAAUAUGCAAAUUCAAUUCCAUGGUUUUGGAAGUCCCUUUGAGAACACGAUUCAUUUGCGCCGGCAUAAUGCUC